AUGGAAAACGCAGUCGUGUUGAUCGUAGGAGCCGGGCCUUCAGGGUUGGCAAUGGCGGGAUGCCUAACUCAACACUCCAUUCCCUAUGUGAUUCUAGAAAGAGAGGAUUGUUAUGCUUCUCUUUGGAAGAAAAGAACUUACGAUCGAUUGGGUCUCCAUUUAGCAAAAGAAUUCUGUUUUUUACCCCACAAGACUCUGCCUCCCGACGCACCAACCUUCAUGCCCAAACAAUAUUUUCUUCGCUACGUAGAUGGGUAUGUCUCGGAGUUUAAGAUAAACCCUCGUUACCAUCGUUCUGUUGAAUCCGCAUUUUUCGACGAAGCUGCAAAGAAAUGGCGGAUUGAAGCUAACAACACCUUAGAAGGAAGUAUGGAAGUUUACAGUGCAGAGUUCUUGGUGGUGGCUACUGGUGAGAACUGUGAGGGUUUUAUUCCUUCUCUCCCUGGGUUGGAUAGUUUUCCAGGAGAUAUUCUCCAUUCCAAUCUUUACAAAUCGGGUUCAAAAUAUAAGUCUAAGGAUGUUUUGGUCGUUGGAUGUGGAAAUUCUGGUAUGGAGAUUGCCUAUGACCUCGUAGACCAUGGAGCUCGCACUUCAAUCGUUAUUAGAAGUCCGCUUCAUGUGCUGACCAAAGAAUUGGUUCACCGGGGAAUGUCUUUGUUGAAAUAUCUCCCGGUUUACAUGGUGGAUGCUAUAAUCACAAUGCUUGCAAGACUCGAAUAUGGUGAUCUUACCAAGUAUGGGAUCUGUAAACCAAAGAGAGGCCCGUUCGCCAACAAAACAGCAACAGGAAGAUCUCCUGUUAUUGAUGUUGGAACCAUCAAAAAGAUCCAAGACGGAGAGAUAGAGGUUGUCUCGGACAUUUCGAGCAUCAACAAGAACAAUGUAGUGUUCAAAAAUGGCACUGAAAAAAAGUUUGAUGCAAUUGUUUUUGCAACCGGCUAUAGAAGCGCCGCUAAUAAAUGGUUGAAGGACUAUAAGUAUGCUCUCAAUGGUGAAGGAAUGCCAAAGAAUAGUUUCCCGGAGCAUUGGAAGGGAGAGAAGGGGUUAUAUUGUGCUGGAUUGUCAAGGAGAGGACUCUUCGGUGUAUCAAUGGACGCACAGGCCAUAGCCAAUGACAUUAACAAGUUCACAAGUGGCAAAAAUUAG